ACCAUAAGCUCCGCAUUGCAAGCACGAAAUCGACCUCGUUUCACGCAAAUGACGGCGAAAGACGAGAAUGCGGGCCACGCGGCGGAUCCCGAGCCAAUCACGGGCGAGGUGCUGUUCUGUGGGGGAACGGACUGGCACACGAUCGGACGGUCGGAUGCGAAAAGCAAGGGCAAGGGCAAGGGCGCCGCGGCCGCAGCAGCCGCCAAGGACGCCGCACGAUUCCCGCUGCUCACCGAGCCGCACCGACUCGCACCGCUGAAGGACGUGCGGAUCGUCGCUGUGGCCACUGGAUGCGCGGCGGCUCACUGCCUGGCGGUGGAUGCGGACGGGCGCUGCUACUCCUGGGGGCGGAACGAGUGUGGUCAGCUGGCGCACGGACAUCUCACGGACCUCAAUCAGCCCACCAUCAUUGAAGCCCUUGCAGGCACAAGAAUAGUGGCCGUGGCGUCUGGCCGCAACCACUCCCUUGCUGUUGCACAGGACGGCAGUGCCUGGGCGUGGGGGUCCAACAAGUACGGCCAGCUCGGCAUUGGCUCCCUCAAAACAGAGAACGAGAAGAAGCCAGUGCAGAGCACAGUGAAGGCCGUGCGCACCGUGGCAUGUGGGGCCGAGUUCUCCUGCUGGAUCACCACCCCCUCCUCCACACCUUCAUCAACCACUGCCACCCCACCUUCUGCUGCUGCUGCUGCCCCCUCCGAGCCCCCCUGUGCGGCCAACUUGUUGACAGCAGGCCUGCCGCAAUACGGGCAGCUGGGGCACGGCACCGACAACGAGUACAACGCCAAGGACUCCUCAGUGAAGCUGGUGUACGCCCCUCAGCCCACUCCACGCACCGUGGCUGCUCUGGCAGGCCGGGAGAUGACCAAAGUGGCAUGCGGCACCAACCACACCGUGGCUGUGGACUCCAAGGGCUUUGUCUUCACGUGGGGGUUUGGAGGGUUCGGUCGGCUGGGGCACAAGGAGCAGAAGGACGAGUGGAGGCCGCGCCUGGUGGACGUCUUUCAGCGCCAGAACACUCUUCCCGCCACCGCUGUCGUUGCUGCUGGCGGUGCCUUCUCCGCAUGCACGGCUGGCGGCGGGCAGCUGUACGUGUGGGGCAAAGUGAAGCAGACGGGCGACUGCUGGAUGUAUCCCAAGCCCCUGCUGGACCUCAGCGGGUGGCACAUCCGCAGCAUGGCGUGCGGGCCCGCCACCUCGUGUGUGGCUGCUGACGCCUCCACUAUUUCGUGGGGCAUGGCGCAGCAUGGGGAGCUCGGCUAUGGACCCAAGGGCGCCAAGUCGUCAGCCAACCCAAAGAAGAUCGAUGCCCUUGAAGGCAUGCACAGCAUACAGGUUGCGGGCGGUGUGGGCUUCUUUCUGCACCUGGUGUCGCGCACUGGCGCCCCUGAUGCCACUGAGGAGAAGAGGAAGAAGGCUGGGGAGCUGCUCGCUGGGCUCCCGGUGUUCACCCCUGAGGCAGACUCUGUCUCUCAGUCGACUGCCAAGGGCAAGGCGGCGGGCACUAAGAAGGCAUCGAAAAAGGUGGCGAAAGGGCAGGCUGCAGGAGAUGAAGAGGAGGACGAGGAUGUGGAAGAAGUGGGGGGGGAUGAGGAAGAAGAAGAGGAGGAAGAGGAAGAAAGUGAGGGUGAAGAGGAAGAAAGUGAGGGUGAAGAGGAAGAAAGUGAGGGUGAAGAGGAGAGUGCAUCGAAGAAGAGGAAAGGGCGAGGUGGGAGGGGGAGCAGUGCAGGGGCAAAGAAGGGCCGAGGAGCAGCAGCAGCUGCUGGCAAGGGGAGGGGCGCAGGGAAGCGGAAGGCAGCAGCUGCAGUGGGGGCCAAGGGGAAGGCUGCAAGAGGGCGGGGCAAGGGGAAGAGGAAGUAGGGUUUUGAUGUGACUGUAGGAACUUUGAUCCGGACAUAGUGUAUUGUGCUCAGGGCAAUGAUAUCCUGCUCUUUGGUUCCUUUUUGCCCCAUGGUCAUUGUAUAAUGCAACGAUUUUGUGCAUGAAUGCUUUCCUUG